UUAUCAGUUUUCUUGAUGUUUUUGCAGGUCAAUUCCAUUUUAUCAUCAAAGUUGACAGGUCCAAACUCCCAAACAUCUUCUUUUAUGCUUAAAUCAGGCAUGUGUUUUCUUUCUACUUUUUUAUUCUUGAAAAAAGAGUGACUCUUUUAAUCAAUCAUUGUAGAAACACAUGAACAGCUUUCUUCACUUUUUCAUGAAUAUAUACAUGAUCAAUCUCUUCCUGUAACCAAACCCAAUUGGGUAUUGUUAAAAACACAAUCUUUAUUAUAUUAAUGAGCUUCAAAUCUUCAAUGGCUACUACCCAAAAUCCCACAAAGCCAAUUUCAUCUUUUCUUGGUUCUCCAAGAUUUUUUAGUGGCUUUUUCAUGGCAAGAAGUCUUUCUGAUGCAGAAUCAUCACCCACCUCAGUUCUCAACAACCCAUUUGGGUUCAGACAAAACCCAGUAAAACCCAGAAAGAUCUUUGAAGAAAUCAACAACCCUUUUGAGAAAUUUGAAUCUGAAUCCAAAAAUGGAAUUGCUCUUGCUUUGGUUCAAGAAAGGUCUACUGAUAGCAUAUGUAAAUCUAAUGCUGUUAGUAGAAAGGUUCUGUUUGGAUCAAAUUUGAAUAUUCAAAUCCCAUCACACCCAUCAUCUGAUUCUGAUCAGUUAUGUUGUGAUUUUGGGAUCAAGACCCCAAAAUUGCAAUUUCAUGGUCAGUUGACUUCAUCAGGGUCCGGGUCAAUUCGAGCUUCGAUGGAUGCUCUAUCUUUGAGUGAGAUGGAGCUCUCAGAGGAGUACACAAGGGUAAUCACAUACGGGUCUAACCCGAAAACAACCCAUAUUUUUGAUAAUUGUGUUGUGGAUUGUUGCUGUGAUUUUGUUAUUCAGGCGGAUCCUGACCCGAAAUCGGCAUGGGAGAGCUUUCUUAGUUUUUGUCAUACUUGCAAGAAGAAUCUUGAAGAUGAUUGUGACAUUUUCAUAUACAGGGGCGAGAAAGCUUUUUGCAGUGAAGAAUGCAGAUGCCAAGAAAUGGCUUUGGAGUUGGAUUCAGUCUUGUAGUAAUUUUGACUCUCUUCAUAAAUUUAGUUUUAUUUAGUAUCCUUUUAAGGAAUAAGUUAGUUUCUAUGGAGUCAUUAAAAUGAAAAA